UAGGAGACCCUGAAGCCUGAUAGGUGAAAUAGUUGACUGAAAUAUUAUAGAUUAGCGAGGGCUCGUGGAAUGUGCAUAUUGUGCGGUAGGACUUUGUUGCAAAAGCUUUGUGUGAGUUUUAAGGUAGGCUUGUAUUUUUUUGUUUUGUUUCUUGGAAUUGAGGCAAUGCGUUGGAAAACUCAGCCAUGCUGUUCUUUGAUGGAUUGCUGUGAUCGCUGGGGGGAAAGAGAGGCUGUCAAGUCCGCUUGACCUCUUAUCUGUGGGAGGAAACCCAAGAGAAAAACCUCAAGAAGCUGAAACAGAUGAAAGUGAAAGUCCAGCAGCGACUGCAAGAUCCAGACCAAAGAUGGGAGCUACGGAUGAAGUUCCUGCAGCAAGCUAAGAGCUACAUUGGGAUGCCAUACCACAAGAGGUACCAUCCGCCUGGAUCUCCAGAGUACGAGUCCCCUCUGUUUCUGGAUUGCUGUGGGCUGAUUCGGAAAGUGCUGCUUGACCUGAAGGAGGAUUUUGGCUUUGUUAUUGGCCCCGGAAACCAGGCCUAUCAAUACGACACCCUCCCUUUCACCUUGGCAACGGAGGCUGAUAUGAAACCUGGGGACCUUGUCUUCAUCUCCGGAUCAUACUUCAAUACCCAAACAAUUUUUUUGCAAAACUUUCCUGUGCCAUUAGAAGAAAAACAGCCCCAUAGAAGGAUAUUACCAUCUCCAUGCUUGACAGUAGUGAAGCGGCAGAUCCAUGACAUGGUUCAUGUUGAGAUCUGGCUAGGGGAAGGAGAGCGCACCCUGGGUGCUCGCUGGCAUCGGGGCAAAGUGCAGAUCUUCGACUCCUACAAGUUUGUUUCCUCUUCAUACGGUGAAAUGAAAUACCAGUUCAAAUCGAUUGAAACGUGGCUCCAAGGAAUCUGUGUAAGUCACUGCAGUCAACACAAGUGGGGUUUUCCAAAGCAGCUGCCAAGUCCAAAAUCCAUCUUCUAUGAGGAGGAUGUACAGGAAGAGAUUGAACUAGAGGAGUCAAACAGUGAGCCGGGCAUCAUGCAGCUGAAACAUGGAGACCAAACAGAGCCAAGUGAAGCCAAGCCAGAGAACAGUAAGGACUUGCAGGAUGUUCCCAGGACUGGAUCAAAGGUCCACAGUGAGGGAGAGAUUGAUAUCGACUCCCCAAGCACAGAGAGUGCAGGGGUGUGCACUUCACCAAACGAGAGGGAGGUCAGUGCACUGGACAACCAAGCUCAGGAAACCGGCCAGCCAGAUGCCAAGCCAGAAACCAAAAGUAAAAAUAUUUUGAACCCUCGUAAAACAGAAACAAAGACGGAUACCAGUGCAAACCCAAAGACGGCCGGGGCCACCGUGAGGAAAAUGAAGAAGAAGAAAAAGGUGGAGUGCAGAGGUCAAGGGGAAGAGCAGGAGCAGCAGUGUGCUUCAGGACCAGCAGCUGAGGAAGCCCCCGACGGCCUCGUAAUCGAGUCUCCGGACUGUGGGAAAGCAGAAGGCCUCAGCAAAUUGAGUUUUAAAAGAAGCUCAGAGUCUGACAAAAAACAGGACCCCAAAGGACCCGGGCCUUUCUUUUAUAUAGGAGGAGGAAACGGGGGCGCCCUUGUGGGUGCCUACUGUUUGAGUAAAGGCUGGCAGCGCAUCAACAACAAGAACAGAGAGGAUUAUAAACUGAAAUGGUGCGAGACCAAAUCCUAUGCCACGUACAUCAACUUUCACCAAGGUGAGCAGCUUGUUUACCAAAUCCCCAAUAACAAGGUCCUGACCACCAAGAUAGGCCUUCUGAGCAGCCUGAGGGAGUAUGAGCGGGUUGUCACCAAGGUCCAGCUGGGCAGAGCUUCAAAGCUAUUAAAACUGGAAGAUUUCUUUCCUGACACAUUCCGCAUGGAUGUAAAGGAAGAAAGGGAAGCUUUCUUUGCGCUGUAUGAAGAGAGACAGGUCUGGAUUUGUAAGCCCACAGGUCUGAAUCAAGGUCGCGGGAUCUUCCUACUGAAGACAGCUGAAGAUAUGGAAGACUUUCGCUCCAGGCUGCAGAACAUUGAAGAGAACCCACUUUACAAAAAGAUACCUUUCAAAUCGCCUCAGGCCAGAAUAGUACAAAGGUAUGUUCAAAACCCUCUGCUCCUAGAAGGAAAGAAGUUUGACGUCCGUUCCUACUUCCUCAUUGCCAGCACAGUGCCUUACAUGGUAUUCUUCCGCCAUGGUUACGUCAGAUUGACCUGUGAAUCCUAUGACCCCAACUCCAAUGACCUCACAGCACACUUAACCAAUCAGUACAUGCAGAAGAAGAAUCCGCUCUAUAAUGAUCUGAAGGAAGAGACAGUCUGGUCCAUGGAGCGCUUCAACGACUAUGUUAAUGAGAAGUCUAGAGCUGCCAAAGGGCUCCCUGAGGACUGGGUCUGCACUGUUUUUGCAACACGAAUGCAGCAGAUUAUGAUGCAGUGCUUCCUCGCAGUCAAAUCCAAGCUGGAGUGUAAACUGGGCUACUUCGACCUCAUUGGCUGCGACUUUUUGAUCGAUGAAGACUUUAAGGUAUGGCUCCUGGAGAUGAACUGUAACCCUGCUCUACACACAAACUGUGAAGUUCUGAAGGAGGUCAUUCCUGGUGUUGUCAAUGAAACCUUAGAUCUAGCCUUUGAGAUUUUUAACAAGUACCGGAAAGGUCGAAGUAUCAUGCCCUUGGAUGCUCAGAAGGACUUUACCUUGUUGUACAACGGGGAACUCAACGACCUACUUGUGAAGCCAAUGAGGAGCAGAGCAGCUGGGGCAAACUUUCAAACUGCAACGCGGCCCAAGAGCGCGACUCAGACCAGUCCGUCCCCUCCCAAACCAUCCGAGAAAAAGCAGAGGCAGGCAGGACCUUUCACAGCCAAGGUGUCCAUCAGUGCAGCGAGCCAGCCUCUUCAAAGACCAGCACAGGAGGAGGGCACAGAGACACCAAACAACCCCUCUCCAAGCUCAGUUAAGCCGAAAAACAAGGCGGAAUUAAAGCCAAGUAAAAGCACCUUAUCUCGUAGGAAUGACCCCAAUUCAUCAGAUCUCGGAAAUCUUACUUCCCCAAUCUUAGGCAAAGAGGAAGCCAAAGUGGCCACUGUUUCGAUGCCAGUCCUGUCAGAAAGGUCUUUCACCUCUUCACACCCAGGAUCCUUUUCCACAGAGAAGUCUCCUGCGUCCACCAGCAGGAGCUACAGUUAUUUUUGUUUAGGCAGCGCCCAGGUUACAGCAGUAAAACUCCAGCCCAGGGUUCCUGCAGCAAAGUUUUUGAACAAAGAGGAGAUAAUGGCAGCUGACCCUGCAGAAGACCACCAAAGGGCUUCAGAGGAAGAUCCCAAACCAGGAAAGGAAGUGCCCAACUGAGGGGCUUGAUCUUCCUUACUGAGGGCGGAAGGAAUCUGUGCAACAAAUUUGUUUCAGAUGUGAUUUAAUUAUAUAACAUGUGAAACGCAAACUGUAUAAUUCUGUUGUCAUUUGUUCACGGUGCUUCCUAAUUAUUAUUUAUAUAUUUGUGUUUAAAUUACAUGUACAUAUUUAAAUAUAGUAGAUAUUUGAAAUAAAUAAAA